UAGUAAAGCUCUAGCAGUCUGAACGGGCAAAAUCCAACUAUUUCGGAGUGUCAAUUGCCAGAAAAAAACUGAUUUGCACUUGUCCACUUUUGACUGCAUUUGAAGGUGGUUGACAAUUCAAGUGACCACAUUGCAUUUAUAGCACAAAAUCUUCAGUGUGGAAGAGUGUCUUGCCAUUCCCCAUCCCCCAAGAUGCAGGUUGCCGAGUGAAGCCUCUUGCAAGUGAUAAACAGAAACUGUCACACUCUAAACAUCCCUCAAACUGUCUCCUGUCCAGGCGUCUGAGACAGAUGGAUCGGGAGAGUCCACUUGCCUUACACAUUUCCAUUUUUGACCGUGCCUGCAGCAGUCCUCCCAAAAGAACCCCCAGUCCUCACGACUUUAUAUGUGCAAGGCCUCAGCGAGGCAACAGACUGGGGGAGAAUCACAAAUCCAGGUCACACGAGACACGCCGUUGUCCAAUUGUUGCUUUGUGGUUGUUAGCAGGCCUGCGUCUUGCUAUGAAUCUCGUAGAACUAGAUCAGGAGUGUUUGCUACACCUUUUUUCGUACCUUGACAUGGACAGUCGCAACAGCCUGUCCCUGACCGGUGUACGACUAAGACAGGUCUUUCUGGACCCACAGCUGUGGACGCUACUUCACUUCAGGUCUCCGUGUGAGCUGAGGAGGGACAACUAUGUUCUGGGAUCUUCGCUGAGGUACCUAGCUGUAUCCUGGCACUCUAGCAGGGUCAAAGUGUGCAACAUUGAGGACUGGAUGAAGACCACAUUCCAGAAGGACCUCUGCAGGAAGCACAAGAGCAUCGUCAGUGACUUCCUGGAGCGUGUUUGCCACAUGUGUCCAAAUCUACUCUCGCUGACUCUUUCUGGAUGUGGGCACAUCACGGACGGCAAUGUUAUUAACGUGCUACAGCUAAGUAUUCAAUAUCCAGGGCAGCACAGUCUACAAAUCUUUAACCAAAUCUUAAGUUUUGAUAAUAAAACAUUUGAAAAUUCUCUGAAGGGCUGUAUUUAUUAAAAGCACAGCAUGUUUUGGUUGUAUAAUCUAGGUUAGUUCUGGAACAACUCACGGCUGGUUAUCCUCAUUGCGGGUUUUGGACUUCCUCCUAGUUAUGCAAGAGCAACAUUUGACAGAGGACAGGUUUACAGCCUUGCUGCAUUACAUUUAUUAAGCAAUAACAUGUGAGAGGAUGUACAGAACUAUAUUGUAAAUCAUGUAAUAUAUAUAUAGGGACAACACACCAAAGGUACAAUAUUCACAAUACACCAUUGCAUUAAGUGCUUCAUUGCAUUUACAUUUAUGCAUUUAUAGAAUAGUUUUAUCCAAAAGAUAAUUUCAUUAAGCAUAUUCAUUCAUUCUUUAGUGUAAGAAAACAUAGCUACCUGUAGAGACGUAAUAUUAAACAGUUACAUAAAGGAAUUUUCUAGCACAAUAUCUUAAUGAAUUUGCUUAAUAAAAUGUUACUUUAGAAUAAUCAGAUGUGUAAUAUAAAUACAUUUUUGGACAUAUUAUAUGGCAUAUUAGCAUUGAUAUUUGACCCAUACAAUAAACUCUGAGAAUGCAUAAGGUAAUGUGGGGGAUUUUUCAACUAUUAUGCAUUUUUUGACAUCCCAAUUCAUUUGAAAUACUUCAAAUGAAAGGGAUUGCAAUUUGGCAAAAAAAAAAAAGUAACUACUUACAGGUUAUUGCAGCUAUUAAUAAAUUAAAAUCUGGUGCAUUUUAUCAUAUUGCUUUUUUAUAACAGCAAUAAUAUUUUAUAGCUAUAUUUUAUCACAGCUUUAACACUGCAUCAAGACUGAAACUAUGUGAUUGAUAACAUUAUUUGCAAAAUUUAUGCAGAGGUUUGGAUAUAAAUUUAAAAGCGAAUAUAAUUGUCUUUCUAGAGGAUGCAAGAAUGAGCUGUGGCUAUCUUGUCUUAAUGGAGAGUUCUGACCUGAAGCAUGCACAGAGUUAUUUGAGGCCAUGUUGGGACAUCUUCCAACGUUGUGAUUAGAAACAUAUUAUGUAAGAGCUGUGGAGUGUAGAAGUGGUUUUGCCAGUGUCUGUGUUGUAUAUGUGACCAUGCUAUUUUGCAUUGUAAUUGCAGCAAAAAUAGAUAUUCUUGCCUCUUGGAGUCAAAGAAUUUGUUCUAUGCCUGUUUGACCUUAUUCAAGUAAUUCAGUCAAACACCCAAACCCUCAGGGAAUCAUCAAGGCUUUAUGAAGAACAAUCACACAUUCUGUCCCUAAAUAGUCUGUAAUAUUAUUGGAACUAAACUUAGAAAAACUAAAUAAUUUGUAAUGGGUCUUAACAUAAAGUCCCUUGUUUUAAAGCCAACGUUCUCCACAGGAUGUUCCCCUCGAUGGAUUGAAGGCUGGAGGGUGAAAUAAUAAUGGGAUUAUUUUUUCCCUCCCUCUCAUUUCUGUUAUCUGUAUCUCUUUCCAACUCUCGCUAUCUAUUUUGCUCAAGGUUUUGUACUUGUCAAGUUAUGUAAGCAAAUGAUUGAAGAAAAAAACUCAAUUAAUGCCUUUAAUUAUAUAACAUCUUAUCGUUGUGAAAAAGUCUGUUAUCGUGUACUUGAAAUGAAGACUGUGAGAUAACGUCUGUUUGAUCAAUACUCUAUAAAAAUUCCCAUGACCAGGACAACAAGGAGGGCAUGUGACUCAUGGUCCACCCAUAAAUCUUUCGUCCCGGCCCUGUGAAAUCAAGAAAGGGUACUGGCCGUGACAUUUCGUAAGACAAAUGAGCAGAGUGGAUUUAGGCAAUCACGGCAUGCUGAUCAUGUUUUGCCAUUCAUUUCUUUGUUGUGGAUGUCAAUCCACUCCAAGUGGUUAUGUAAUCUGGUUAAUGUUUCCCAAGUAUUUCAUAAUGUCAGGGGUCCAGCAAACAGAUUUAGAAAGGCAGAAAACAUUAGACACUAUUUAUGUGCAACGUGUAAGCAAUUAGCCAUUGAAGCCAAGAAACUGCAGUAGCCUUUCAAAGGA